CAGGAAGGUGAAUUAUUGCUGUAGUUGGCCCAGUUUUAGUCUUUCAGUGAACCUGGUAGGUUCUGGCAUAUGGGAGGUCACUGCCUAUAUGGUCCCAUAACUUGGGGAAAGAAAUCAAUUGAUGAGGAGACAAGGGAAGGUUGGGAGGUUCCUUGGGGUGCUUGGGGCUUUCAGUAAGGAGUGUUCCAGAAGGCAAUGAGGCCACAUGGGUGUCUGGGCAGCCAAGGGGAGGUCACACUGCAGGGAUGAGCAACCCCUGACGUCUUGGCAGCUGAGCGAUCCUCUGACAGGCUGGAGGAAGCUCUGUGGUUGCAAUUAUGCAAUUCCACUUGAUGAGGUUUUUCUCUGCAGAGUUUUUUGCUGCUCGCGACUGUCCGAAAGUGUGCAAGGUGGAGCCUUGGGAUCAACUUGUAGGAGAGCUUCUCUGGGUUUGGGGAAUCCUGACUGAUUUCAGCAGUACAGCGCGGGGUGGCAGCUGCUGGGAGAUGGAUCCCUUACCAGGUUCAUCCUUUUUUAAGGCAAUUUGAUAUGCUGGACGCUUUCACCCUCUUGCUUUGAACGCUUCCGCAUCGGCAGGAGGUAGGUGAGGAGAUCAGCUGUCUCCUGCAGAGUCACUCGGGGUGCUCCGCUCAACUGGGGUUUUUUGCAGCUCUUUGUGCCGGGUGUUUAAUUUUUUAAGGGAGCCGCUACUCUCUCUCUAUCUACAGGAAACAGAAUUAAAAAAAAAAAAAGAGGAAGGAUUUGGCGAGAAGCCAAGCCUAGUGACUGAAGUAAGAAGCAGGGAAGUUGGAGUAAGUGUAGUAGUUACCGGGACGUUGUAUGGCAGAGCAGGGCCACGCCGGAUCGAUCGUUCGGGGUGGGAGAGGAGCACACGAUGCCCGCGUGGCUCUGCUUCCUUGGAUGAAUGCCACCGCUGAAGCUGCUGAUCCUGGGAGGGGAUCGAGCUGCGAGUAAACGAGACCAGAGGAGUGCUAUGGAGGGCAGCAGCUCUGUUGCUGUGACUUUUAGGAACCUUCCAGGAAAUUCCAUGGAGUUGGACUAAAAUAAAGUUUUGGGAUGUCUCUGUUCGGAUUAAAAUUUGGAAAGAAGAAACUGAAAGAGGAAGAGAGACACCUUCAAGCAAACAACCGAAAUUUUAACCUACAGUUUGAAUAUGCUAGUAAUUCAAUUAAAACAUCGAAAUACAACUUCUUCACUUUCCUGCCUCUCAACCUGUUUGAACAGUUUCAGCGAAUAGCCAAUGCCUACUUUCUUUUCUUGCUGAUUUUGCAGUUAAUUCCUCAGAUUUCUUCACUGCCAUGGUUCACAACAGUGGUGCCCCUGGUGCUGGUGUUGGCUGUAUCGGGAGUCAAGGAUGCCAUCGAUGAUUUUAAUCGACAUAAAAGCGACAAUCAUGUCAACAACCGUCCAGUCCAGGUCCUGAUCAAUGGCAUGUUGAAGGAUGAAAAAUGGAUGAAUAUCCAAGUGGGGGAUAUAAUAAAACUAGAAAACAACAACUUUGUGACGGCCGAUCUGCUGUUGCUGUCGAGCAGUGAACCACACAGCCUGGUGUACAUCGAGACGGCGGAACUGGAUGGUGAAACGAACCUCAAAGUGAAACAGGCACUGACAGUCACUGCUGAGCUUGGAGAAGAUCUUCAGAAACUGACAGACUUCAAUGGUGAAGUCAAAUGUGAGGCACCUAACAACAAGCUGGAUAAUUUCACAGGAACUCUUGCUCUUCGAGGAGAGAAGUAUGCCUUGGAUAAUGAGAAGAUGUUGCUGAGGGGCUGUACUAUUAGGAACACGGAGUGGUGUUUUGGUCUUGUUAUUUAUGCUGGGCCAGACACCAAACUGAUGCAGAACAGUGGAAGAACAACUUUCAAAAGGACGAGCAUCGACCGGCUCAUGAAUGUCCUUGUGCUGAUGAUCUUUGCAUUUUUAGCACUGAUGUGCCUUAUCCUAGCCAUUGGCAAUGGUAUCUGGGAAUCUGAUAAGGGCUACAACUUCCAGGUCUAUCUGCCCUGGGCAGAAGAUGUCACCUCUGCUCCCCUCUCUGCCUUCCUCAUGUUCUGGUCAUAUGUAAUCAUCCUAAACACAGUGGUGCCAAUUUCACUCUACGUCAGCGUAGAGAUUAUACGCUUGGGUAACAGUUUCUACAUCGACUGGGACCGUAAGAUGUAUUACCCACUGAAUGACACGCCAGCUCAGGCCCGCACCACUACGCUCAAUGAAGAGCUGGGGCAGAUCAAGUACAUCUUCUCAGACAAAACAGGAACUCUCACUCAGAACAUCAUGUCUUUCAACAAGUGCUCCAUCAAUGGCAAAUCAUAUGGUGAUGUGUAUGAUCAGUCUGGUCAGCGGAUAGAAAUAAACGAGAACACAGAGAAGGUUGACUUCUCCUACAACCAAUUGGCUGACCCAAAGUUUGCCUUCUAUGACCACAGCCUGGUUGAAGCUGUGAAGCUGAAUGAUGUCCCGACACACAGGUUCUUCCGGCUGCUCUCCCUUUGUCACACUGUCAUGCCUGAAGAGAAGAAGGAAGGUAACUUGGUGUACCAGGCCCAAUCUCCCGAUGAGGGAGCCCUCGUCACUGCUGCCAGAAACUUUGGAUUUGUGUUCCGGGCUCGCACACCAGAGACCAUCACGGUUGUGGAAAUGGGAGAAACAAAAAUCUACAAACUUUUGGCUAUUCUUGAUUUCAAUAAUGUCCGCAAACGAAUGUCUGUUAUUGUGCGCAGUCCAGAAGGUGACUUGACUUUGUACUGCAAGGGGGCUGACACCAUUCUUUAUGAACUGCUUCAUUCAUCCUGUGAGUCUCUCAAGGAGGAGACCACAGAACACCUGAAUGAGUUUGCUGGGGAAGGUUUGAGGACACUGGUCGUGGCUUAUAAGAACUUGGAUGAAGAAUACUUUCAGGACUGGAUCAAGCGUCACCACGAAGCAAGCACCGCCUUGGAAGGACGGGAAGACAAACUGUCAGAGAUAUAUGAAGAGAUCGAAAAAGAUCUAAUGCUGCUAGGUGCCACAGCAAUUGAGGACAAGCUGCAAGAUGGGGUCCCACAGACCAUUGAGACUCUUGCCAAAGCCAGCAUUAAGAUAUGGGUUCUUACUGGAGACAAGCAAGAGACGGCAAUGAAUAUCGGUUACUCCUGCAACUUGCUGUAUGAUGACAUGGCGGAUGUCUUUGUUAUUGAAGGCAGCACUUCUGAGGAUGUACUUAAUGAGCUCAGGAACGCAAGGAAGAAGAUGAAGCCAGACUCCUUUCUGGACAGUGAUGAAAUCAACAUUCAGAUUGAAAAAUCUUCCAAAAAUCCAAAGCUUCUACCUGAUGAACAAGCAAAUGGGGUGUAUGGUCUGGUUAUCAAUGGCCACAGCUUGGCCUAUGCGCUGGAAGGGAAUCUGGAACUGGAGCUGGUGCGAACGGCGUGCAUGUGCAAAGUGGUGAUCUGCUGCCGGGUGACUCCGCUGCAGAAGGCCCAGGUGGUGGAGCUGGUGAAGAAGUACAAGAAAGCUGUGACCCUGGCCAUUGGAGAUGGUGCCAAUGAUGUCAGUAUGAUCAAAACUGCCCACAUCGGGGUUGGUAUCAGUGGCCAGGAGGGGAUGCAGGCAGUCCUGUCCAGUGACUUCUCCUUUGCGCAGUUCCGCUACCUGCAACGCCUGCUCUUGGUCCACGGACGCUGGUCCUACAUCCGCAUGUGCAAGUUCCUCAAGUACUUCUUCUAUAAGAAUUUUGCUUUCACGUUAGUGCAUUUCUGGUAUGGAUUCUUCUCCGGCUUCUCAGCUCAGACCGUCUACGAUCAGUGGUUCAUUACGCUUUACAAUCUGGCGUAUACCUCCCUCCCAGUGCUGGGAAUGAGCCUUUUCGAUCAGGAUGUGGACGACCGUUGGAGCCUGCUGUUUCCACAGCUAUAUGUGCCUGGACAGGAAAACCUCUAUUUUAACAAAACAGUGUUUAUCAAGUGCAUGUUGCAAGGCAUCUACAGUUCCCUCAUUCUCUUCUUUAUCCCCUAUGGGGCCAUGUACAAUACGAUGAGAAGUGAUGGGAAAGCCAUUGCUGACUACCAGUCCUUCGCCCUGAUGGCCCAGACCUGCUUACUGAUUGUGGUGUCUGUACAGAUUGGCUUGGACACCUCUUACUGGACAGUUGUGAACCAGUUCUUCAUCUGGGGCAGCCUUUCUGUUUAUUUUGCUAUCACCUUCACCAUGUAUAGUGACGGCAUGUACCUGAUCCUCCCAGCCUCAUUCCCAUUUGUUGGUACUGCUCGAAACACUCUCAGCCAACCCAACGUGUGGCUAGCAAUCUUCCUCAGCAUCGCCCUCUGUGUGCUGCCCGUCGUUGGCUUCCGAUUCCUGAAGACUCUCUUAAGGCCAACUGCCAGUGAUAAAGUCCUACUCAAGAUCAAAGAAGCUAAAAAGAGGCCACCCCCACCGUCCCCCAAGAGACGCCUGCGUCGGACCAGCACGCGCCGCUCGGGCUAUGCCUUCUCCCAUCAGCAUGGCUUUGGAGCACUCAUUAUGUCUGGGAGAAACAUGCGGCCAAAAUCACCUUUUGCCACAACAGGAACGUUUUCACCCAAUAGUGAGAAAUACAAGCACAAGGGACUGUAAGAACCAAAAUCAACCAAACCAAAGCAAACCAAAGGGCUGGUGGGAAGGACUACCCAAGCAAGGACUUUGGCCUCUCCUUUCUACCAUGUGCACUCUCUGGAUUCAGCUCCUCUCCCAAAGCUGUGUGCUGUUCCUGGGGAAGGAGGAGCAGGGGAAGCAAAACUGCCAUACAGUAUCCCUAAGAGCCUCCUUGGAGCAAGGAGAACAUGCUGCAGGAGGCUCCUUCGCUCCUUAAGAUUGUAAUGCUCAUCAUUUUUUUAUCCAUAUAUACCUCAGAGCACAGUGAAGUCCAGACUGAGGAAAAGGUUGAAUUGGCAAUGUCUUUCUAAUCAUGUGCCUUUGGGUCUGUUGGGAAUCCACUCUGGGCCAUAAUACUGGGGUGACAGUAUGGACCCCAGAUGUGCCUUAGGUUCAGCCAUACAACUCGCAAACCCCCAGUCUUCGUAACAUACGUAAUUCUAUAGCCUUUUGACUAUUCUGUACACAAGCACUUUGGAAAGGAUGAUUUGGAAGUAACCUCCUUUCAAACCAAUGGUUGAUCACGUUUCUCAAAGGAAGGCCAGUGUCCCCCAACCACCCUGUUCCUCCAUGUUCAGUCAGAAGGUGCUGCAAGCUCAGAGAGGUUCCCACUUGGUCAAGGGACAAGGAGUUGACAUUCAUCAGUCUGCCAUGUCUGCAAUGCAAAUCUGCUCUUGGGGAAGAUCUUUGUCCUCACAGCCAUCUCAGGUUUUUCAGCUGGGCACCAAACAUUUCAUUUAGACUUAAAAUAGAAGGUCAAAAGAAAUUCAGGCACCCUUAUGAAUCAAGCUCUAAAAUCUAGCAUGUAGAAGCCUAUAUCACAGCUAGGCUCAUCUGAACCUCCAGCACCAGAUGGAUUUCCCUCCAAAGCAGACUGACAUUUGAAUUGAUGGACUCACACCAGAAAUAUCAGUGGGAAAGAUGCUAUUUCACUGCUGGCACAGGGCAUCCUGCCUUGUACUCCACUGGUGUGGCUGGUCAGAGUAAGGGAUGAAGCAUGAUCUGGCUGCUCAUUGCCCUCCCUGUUGAGCAGUGUGGUCAAGUUUCAGAGAACUAGGUAAGAGCUCAUGGGCCUCUGCAGUUUUCUCUGUGCUGAUAUUUUGUUUCUGAAUGGUUCAGCCACCAGUUCCAGGAAGCGGGAGGCUCCAUGAAAUCCUAUCAGUCUGCCAGCAGAGGGACCUGAUGAUCUGGUGAUGAUCUCAAGAGGCUGGAAUUGCUGGCAGCAUUUUUGCACCAGUACCAAUGGCUUACUGGGUGGAAGGCUGGUGUGGCUGUAUGAGGAUCUGUCUUGCAGUGCUGCUGAGCUGUCUAUACUGAGCAGUUUUUUUGUGUGUGCAGAGGACUAAGCAGCUCUGCCUGUUAUAUUUUCUCAGUUCUUUUUUACAGACUUAGUCUCUUGUCUAGUAUUGACUUAGAGUUUUGAACACUAACCACCUGGCAUUUAUUGGGAGCUCUCUGCCUUGACUCUGAGCUAUUGCUGUAGGCACUCGAUGGCAAGAGGCCAGCCAUGUCCCCUCUUCAUCUGGUCUGCACACAACACCAUGCUGCCCGUGGUCCCAGUUUCAGCAGUUACUGUAAGAAAUGCUUUAAGCUCUGAUAGAAGGUUUUGUAUCCCCACAUUUAUCUCAGUGCAUAUAAAAUACCACUCUGUUGCACCUGCUGCUUGGAAGGCUUCUUGCAAACUAUAGUAUUAAAUUUCAGCCUAUAGUCAGUGCAAACCAGAGCUGGGACUGGAUCCAAGCUUCAGCAACCAGAAGCUGUUUGGUAGGAAAGGAGCAAAUUCUAAUUCAGUUAUCUCCCUUGCAAGGAGAUACCUAAAUAGACCGAGAGCCUUCACCCUGACUGAAGAAACUGCUGUGACAGUUGGUGCUCAUCACUUCCCUCUGACUUACCAUUCACUUUAAGGAGGGAAUCAUGGCUUUCUGAUUAGAUUUAUCUCUCUGAUAGUCAGACUUCUUGGGGCUGGAGUUGAAAAGAGAGUGUAUGCAGGUGAGCAGACAUCUACACAACACCCAAUUUGGCCUGUGGACCUAUCAGAGUUGUUCCCAGUGUGGAAGGCAUCAGAUUAAUGCAGAGCAGCAGAGGCAGACUUUUUGCUAAGAGAGCAAGGAAACUCUGAGGCUGUGCCACUCACGUCAUGUGUUUUACAUACAAAGCACCUUCUGGCUAAAGGGGAUUUGUGGAGGCUGCAAAGGACAUGCAGGGGGUGGUGGAUCUGUUGGGGAACUGUUUCCAGCUACAAAUAUUUCAGUAGUUUGUCAGAAUCUAGAUUUGAGACAUAUCAUCUGGCAGUGAUGUGUGUCCUGCAUCACUUCUGAUUUUGUAAAAUAUUUUUUUAAAUAAAAAGAGAAUA